UAGACCAGGGUUAACUGAGAUUACACAUUGUGUUAGUAGCUUGAAACAAAGGGGAACUUUAUAAUGGGAAACCGAUCAACGAAAGAAGAAAAAGAUGCUGAAAACGCAGAAGAAGUGAACGAAUUCUUGGACGAACAUCCCAGGUUUCUUGGUGAAUAUAUCGAUCGUAAUCCUCACUUGCUGGACAACUAUGUGAUCGAUAACGUGGAUGAGGAAACUAUACAAAAGUGGUUGGACAAAGUUAGCGGGCCCGCCCCGACUGAGGUUCUGCAGAUCCUACGCGUGAAUUACAAGAAAGAGACGAACUGUGUAGACCAUCAUACAGACAAAUAUAUCCACAACAGUUUGGUGGUUCGAAGGGCGGCGACGUUUGAUCUCGGGUUGGUUUUCAAGAACCGAAACUACCGGCCAGCUAAGGAUGAUAUUGUGUUGGAGUUUACCAUUGGUUCGGACCCUACUAUUAAAAACGAGACCAAGAUCCGAGUUCCCGUCGGCGAUUCGUUGCAAGGGAGUAAAUGGACCUGUAUGAAGAUCAACGAAGAUGAGGUAACCAAGGAAGUCACUUUACAAGUGAAUAUUCCACCAGAUGCAAUCAUCGGGCGUUACAAACUAACUGUGGAGGUGGCCACUGAGUUAAAGGAUGGCAGGCAGAAGGAGAGGAAAGUGAAACCGGAUAUUGUGGUUCUGUUCAACCCGUUUAAACCGGCCGAUCCUGUUUACAUGGAAUCCUCGGUUGAACGUGAGGAAUAUGUUCUUAACGACACCGGUCGUAUUUAUGUUGGUCAAUGGUAUCGCAUCGGUGCCAAAGAUUGGUUGUUCGGGCAGUUUGAGGAAGGAAUAUUAGACAUCGCGUUGAAGUUGUUGCGCGAACAUACAAACGCGCAGAAGAAUGCGACGAAAAGUUUAAAGAAGAGAGCUUCACCUGCCUAUUGUAGCAGGCUGUUAUCUGCUAUGGUCAACUGUAACGAUGACAACGGUGUGUUGUGGGGUCGAUGGGACGGCAAGUAUGAGGAGGGAGUGAAACCAACCACAUGGAGCGGCAGUGUUGCUAUAUUGAAGCAAUGGAAUCAAACGAAGAUGAAUCCGGUCAAGUAUGGACAAUGCUGGGUCUUCUCCGGGUUGCUUACUACAGUUCUUCGUGCGCUUGGUAUUCCCGCCCGUAGCAUCACCAACUUCAACUCCGCCCACGACACCGAAUACAACAUGACAAUCGAUAAGUUCUUGACCGAGGAUGGCGAAAGCGCUGAGGGAACGGGGGAUUCUAUUUGGAACUUCCAUGUUUGGAAUGAAGGAUUUUUCCGACGACCAGAUCUGCCUAAAGGUUAUGACGGUUGGCAAGCUGUUGACGCAACCCCACAGGAGGAGAGUAGUGGCGUGAUGCAGUGCGGACCUGCUCCUAUCAAAGCCAUCAAGAAUGGGGAAAUAUACAUUGGAUCCGACACUAACUUUGUAUUUGCAGAGGUAAACGCUGAUCGUGUGUUCUGGGAAGUAAACGACGAAGGAGAAGUAACAAAGAUGGUGAAGAAUGAUAAACGUCACGUGGGAAGGAACAUCAGCACCAAAGCUGUUGGGUCAGAUGAACGUGAAGAUGUAACGCUUCAAUAUAAGUUUGCCGAAGGAAGCGAGGAGGAAAGAGUUGCCUUUGAACGUGCUUAUGCUCAUGGUAGGAAAGCUCCUUACCAUGAGAAGUUUGUGGUGGAGGAAGAAGGAAACAUCAAGAUUGACAUCAAUCCUGUCGGUGACGUCAUCAACGGAAGUGACGUGUCUAUAUCGGUUAAGGUUACAAACGCGAAGGGUGUUGAUUGUGACGCAACAAUAACCACAGUCAUCCACACAAUGCUCAAUAAUGAGGAACGGAAACGAUUGCUUAAACGAUCACGUGGUACAAGGAAGAUAGCUGCAGGAAAAGAUGACGUAGAAAGUUUCAAGUUUGGUUUUGGUGAUUACGGGCGCCACCUAUCGGAUGAGAAUGUGAUCCGCGUUACCACCACUGUGCGUGUGAAGGAAACCAAUAAACUUUACGUGGAUCAAUACGACAUUCAGAUCGAGAGUCCGCAAUGUUUGGAACUUAUUUGUGCAGAUGAGUUGAAAGUGAGGGAGUAUCAGCCAAUCCGAUUCAAGAUCACCAACCCACUGAAAGUGGCGAUGACGUCAGCUGUGUUUAGUUUGCAAGGGAGUGGAAUAUCAAGCGGGAAGAGCUUUGAAGUGCCAUCACCGAUCGAACCCGGUGAGACAUACACGAGCCCUGAGAUGGAGGUUCGACCUUACAGAAGCAGUCGAGCAACAACAAUUCUCGGCGAUUUUGAUUGCAAUGAAAUAUGGAACAUCAAAGCUAGGAAGCGAGUUUCCGUCAAUUUCUAAGCAAGGGGUUUCAGUUCAUACUGCUUGUGUUCCCACUAGUAUAUAUAAUCAUUGUGUCUUAUAUACCCGGUAAUAUUAAUCUAAAGUUGCACCAUUCAUAACCAUGCAGAUGUAUUCCCCAUGUCCUUAUAUAAUGCAGUACGCUUCAUGUGCCUUAUAUAAAUUGCAGCUGUGUCUUACGUGGUCGCUGCUUGUUAUGCCGCCUAUAAUUGCAAGCCGAAUGUUAACUGUACAUAAUAUGACAUUAAACCAGAUGCAACAUAAUAA